UACAGUCGAUCAAGAGUCAGAAAUAAGUGCGUUGCGUUGUUAAUGUCGUAUCUGAUUGGUAAGCAAUCGAAAAAGGUCCUUACGUCGCCGACAUUAAAGCUUUGUUAUAUAACGAUCCAAUGAGCACGGUUCUUAUACGUGAGCCAAUCGCGUAAAGUCUAUCCCCACUAUACGCGCGUGCAGACAGAAGAGUGUUGCCCAAUUAUUAAUUCUAGCCAUUAUUUCUAUUUGGUUUCAUAAUAAAAAUUAAUCAAACACUGCUAAUUUGAUAGUAAUGAUACCAAAUAUCGAUCCUUACAUAACUCAGGCACAGAACGACUUUAUGAAAGUAAUAAUGAAUUCAAAUCUAAAUCCGGUACACCAUUUUCCUUACUUCACGCACACAUCAUACACUCCCUCAAUUCCAAUGUUACCGUUCACAUAUCCCAAUUAUCCGAUAAUGUCACCCAUUCCUUGUCCCGUAUCUUAUCACAUCGCGCAAAUGUCCAAUUACAACACGAGAAAUAUAAUGUCUAAUUAUAAUAGAUUUACACCAGCACAAAGUAUUCAAAAUUAUAAGCGUCCAAUUGAGUUUAAAAAAGACCCCUUUUCCAAUUCCAUCAAUAUAUUACCCGUUAACAAUCACCCACAAUGCAAUUAUCAAUCCGUUAAGAAACGAAAAGACAUGUCUGAUAGUAAUGAAAAUUCAACCAUUAAACUCUGUAAUGAUGGCAUAUCUUCAAACUUAGAAUUGAUUACAACAAUCGAUUUAAAGAAACGCAAAACUAAAAAACGCACCUUAUUACAAACAGUUACUAAAUUAAAGCAAGAAAUCGAAACAAAAAAACCUAAUUUAAAUGCGGAAAAGAAUCGUGAUAUUCUUCUAGAUCAAUUGCAAAGUAGCAACAACGAUGUCGUUCUUCAACUGCAAUCUUUAAUACAUUUUUAUAAAACUUACGUUAACGGGCUCAUUAUGACCAAUGAAUCAACGAAAUUAAAUGCGUCUACACGAAAAAGCAUCGGAAGACUUGAGAAUGACUUCGAAGGGAAUGAGACCGAUUCCAGCGAAGAUGUCGAAUUAUGCUGCUGCAAAAUAUACCAAAAUUCAACAAGCAAAUACAAGGAUGAAAGUCUCCAAAUUAAGAAAGAUAUGUGGGAUAAGUUGUUAGGAAAAUUUCCGGAUAUUACGGAAAAUCGUUUCAAGCAUUUAUUAAACAUGUUGAUAACUGAAAUGAACCACGUCUGCUUUGAUUUUUCGGUGGAGGACGAAAGUAACAAGGAGAACGAGUAUCCAAUUGAUUUAUCAAUAAAAUCUUCAAACGAUAGAAUGAUUUCAGAUGAAAAUCAGUCUUAUCCGGCAUUUAACUUUUACAGGAGUCGGACACACUCGAAGUCUCGGAAGAGGUCAAAAACACAUAAAAUUGUAAGAAUUUAGCAAAUCAAUAUGAUAGAAGUUUAUAUAUAUAAUCUCUGAUUCCAACAAAGAGAUAUAUUACAUGAAAUGUUUGUUUAUGCUUUAAUUUGAGAUGACUCUUGUCGAUUUAUAUUAUUGAAAUAUAACAUUUAUAUUUCAUUA